AUGCAGGCUCCUACAACAUCAACAACAACAACAAGCCACCAAACAAUUCCAUCAACAACCAUCGCACCUCUCUUCAAUUCUUUACCAGUGGGCAAUGGUCACAGCGCCAAUACCAACAAUACCAUCAACUACAUCCAAAACUCCCAAUUGAUGAAUGGCGUUGCAAACCAGUUGGCGUCUAACUUGUCAGUGAGCGAUGCUUUCACAAAUGGCCAUUCCAAUUCAUCUCCACAACUCAACAACGGUAUGUCAAGAAACAAAUUUACAUCUCAACCGAAAUCAGCAAAGACUAACUUUAGUGUUUUAGGUAAUUCAGUGGUAAACACCUCACAAUUCCAGCCAAGUUUUUCAGAGAACGUACCUCCAUUAGAUUACUCAACUACAACACCAAAUUCAUUAAGUUAUGAAGAGUUAUUGGACCUUUAUUUGAGUACAAGAACCAAUUUUCUUGAAGCUAGAAACCAAUUGGAAGAAAAUGGAAAAUCAUCACCUGGAGUUUAUCGUGAAUUAGAUGGUAUACAGAAGCAACUAAACUACAAAAGUGACCAUUAUCGUUUUCUUUUACUGAACACCUCAAGAAGUGAUUUGAACAUUUUACAAAAAUUAAGGGAAAAGGCUUCACAGAAAAGCUAUUUGUUACCUCAAGAUGAGUCGCGUCCUAACCUUGGUGCCGCUAAACGACCAUCGAAUGGGUCUGUGAAUUCUUCUGGAAAGACUUCUCUUGCUGGUAAUCAACAACAACAACAACAAACCCCAGUCUACCAAGUUAAUUCCAUAAGGGUCGUUGACACAGGUGCUAAGAAUUCUUUUGUCUCUCAACCUCAACAAACGUCAUCUAACGGAAAACCUACCGAUAUUGAACUUUAUCUACAAAAAGUUGCACAAUUGAGAGGCGAGGAUGUUGCUAAGGCUGAGGCAGCAAGACUUCAAGAGCGAAACCAACCGUUGAAAAGGGUAGCUAUAGGCCCCGACACUGAGAUGAACUUCAAUUCGAUACUGAACGAAAUAAACUCCAAGAGUUUGAGCAAAGCUGCUGCUGUUGAUUUUUUCAAAAAGAAUAUUCCUCCAUUAAGUGAAGUUGAAGAUUACAAAAAAGUUGCUGAAAUCUUGAUGAAUUUGUUGCAAGGCUACAUGAGAGAGCUGACAGGGUCUCAAUUUGAUUACAGAUCAAUUAUUGUCAAUGAAAUUUUGACUUCAUUUAAAGAGGAUCAUGAAGCUUUGAAAAUUAUUUCAAAAAACACUAGAGCUUUACUGAGAAUAACAAAUUGGUUAAGAAGAGAUUUGAAGAAUCAAGAUCAGGAAAGUAUAAAGGCUGAUUUCGGUUUAUUAGAGAGACUUAAAUUAUCAACUACACAAAUGGAGAAUUUAGAUUUGAGUCGUAUAAUGAACUUUGUUAAGAAGAAGGAACCAAAAUGGAGGGAAGUGGCUGAGAAGAUCAUGAAGCUAGGGGAAGAAGUACAGAAGAUCAGUCCUCCACCAGCAUCAUCCAAAGAAGUGACAUCUACAAUCACCUCUAGUUCUACACCACAACAGCCAGCCAAAAAUAAUCUGGUCAAUAACUUUAGUCGGAGACCACAACAACAAGUCAGGGAUUCAUCCCAAAGUUCAGAGGCUCCUAUAUCUUCAAAAACUGACCCAAUAAAGCCUUCAACGACACAACCUACAUCAACACAAUCAAGACUGCAACAAGAUUAUGCAUCGGUCAAAGCAUCUCAAAACUCAAAUGAAGCUAAAAAGAAAUGGUCUUUUAACAACUACAUUCAAUCCAGCAAAAGGAAAGCUUCUGGCUCGGAAGCUUCUUCAUUAAAUAAAGAAGUUUCACAGGAAUCACCAAUUUCUACCGAACAAGAUAAAUCAAGCUCACCAGGCUCUUUAAGAAGUAUUUUGAAAACAAAGAGCAGCACUGGUGCAUCUAAACUAAAGAAAUCUGUUCGCUUUUCAAGCCAAAUUGAGACAAGAGAGUUUGAAUCUGAAGUUCAUAUUGGUCCAAUUGAUCAAGAGCACAAGAGAGCUAGAGAAAUGGAAAGCUCUGAAGCUCAAACCCUUAAAAAACAUAAAUCUCUUGAAGAUCCUGAAGCUGCUGCUAAAAAACCAUCACACAAGAAAGUCAUUGUUCAUGACCAUAUGGAAUGGUAUACCCCCAAACCUAUUGACUUCAAAUCAAUUCAAGGACUUCCAGAUGAUUGUACAGUUUUGAGAGGUGGAUUUGUACCACUUCAACUGUUUACUGACUUGAAUGUUCCUAAGGAAAAGCCACCAGUAACUUCAGUUGAAACAAGUAGCCCAUUCGAACCAAAUGGUCUGAUCGUUGAUGCUCAAGAAGCGAUUGACUCAUCCAAGAACGAGGCUGUUAGUACAGGACCCGCUGGUGAUUUCAACGUCUAUAAUGCUGGUUUUGCCGAAGAAGAAGAAGAUGAUGAUUAUGUUUUACCUGAUAUAGAGGAAAGUAAAGAAGAACCACAUGUUGUUGAAGAAGAAGUCAUUAAAGAGAACCCUUCUCCUGUUGUUGAAAAAACUAAACAUAGUGGUACUAAUAAGAAUGUUGAUGAAGAUGUUCUGGCUUUACUGGAUGAUGAUGACGUUCUGAAUAGUCAUAAUGAUGGAGAUGAAGAUGAUUAUAGCGAGACCAAUAUUCAAAACGAGAACAAAAUUCAAGAGACGGAAUUCUCGAAAGCUGACGAAGAUCAAGUUGCUUAUCAGCAAGAUGCUACUGGUGAAAGUCACUCUGUUGGUAAUGAUGAAAUGGUUCAAGUGUCUCAAGCUAACGAAACCGUCAGUCAAUCCCAAGGUGAACCAAUCGAUAACAGCCACAGUUCAAAUGCUAACGAGGCGGUCAGUGACAACCAAACCGACUUGAACAACAAGUUAGCAACCGGGCUCUCUGAUGAUGGUGAUAAUAAUAGCAUCGAAGUGGUUGUUUUAAGUUCAGAUGAAUCAAGCUCCAAAGAAAGCGAUGAAGAGGCUGAUCCAAAAAUUGAUGAUGUGGUUGAACAUUUCGAUGCAUCUGGCGCUAUACAACAAGAAACCAAUAAAAAUGAUUCCCCAUUAGAUGCUAAAGAAUUUACAAAUCUUAUUAAGGAACAAAUCUUAAGAUCAAAUACGCCCCCUCCAAACUUUAAUCAAGUGUCUGGUGAUUCAAGCUUUCAUCAAAAGGAUAGUGGAAGAAUUCAUCAUUUUAGACCUCUACCUACUUCUCCAAAACACAAAGAGCUCCCACCAAGAUCACCACAACAAACAACAAAUAGCGCACGUUUCCUGACAAUCAAAGGAGCUUCGAGAAGAAGUCCACCUCUUCAACAAACUUGGGGUGAUUCUUAUAGCCCACAAAAGAGAUCAUCAUCACAUUUUGAUAAUAAUGGUUCCCCUAACAAAUUGAGCACUUCACAGCAUUUACAAAGGACCUCUGGGGUGUCUAAUAUUUUUGACAUCAAUGAAAACUCCCAUCCUGUCAGUAACUAUAAAAGUACGUUUGAUUCGUUUGGAAAUGAAUUGUUUCCAUCUAAAGUUGGUCAAGAUGGUGAAAGAUCUGAUGAACUCUUUCCAGGUCAAAGACAACGAAGUGAUCAUUUACCAAAGGGGCCUCUGGAAUCUUAUUCCCAUAAGAGACCAUAUAACGGGGACCCACAUCAUGUCGUUGGAGGUAGACCAGUUGAGAGAAGAGCUAAAUCGUCUUAUGUUGCUCCUGAUCAGUUCGCUGAUUUGAGAAGAAGAGAUGUGCGCCAGUACGUUAGAGACUUGCCAGAUAGUGUCACAAAUAAGCAUACUAUUGUUUGCAAAUAUUUUCCAAACUGUCAUAUUGGUCAAAAAUGUCAUUUUAUUCAUUUAAAUGAAAUGGCGCCUAGACAUGAAAGAUUUGAAUCAUAUCAGCCAAGAAGAUGA